AUGAACAUGUUCGCAACCCCAAUCUCACAGCAAGGUUUCACGCGCCAGGAGCAGCAUGCCUACCCAAGCGAGAAAAGCAUGUCCGACGUGUCGACAGUUCUAGUCACGACCUGCACCCCGCACGACAAGCUACGCGCCGCGAUCCGACAGGCUUCAGAGGCCAAACUGGGCGAAAUUCGCGUCACUAGCGAAAACAUAGUGUACAAUCUGGAAAUCCUUUCCGGAUCGAUGACACGACUCGUCGUAGACGGAGACGGCGCUGGAUCAUUUCGCGGGCCCCAAUUCAACCUCCCGAAGCUGGAAAGCUUGACCCUCGAGUACCGCGACGUCUCCCAGGCGAUCGAGAUGCUGUCCCUCCUCUGCAUGCCUGCGCUCACAGAGCUGCGGCUGACGCACAUCUCGAACAGUCGUUACGAGGGCGAGCCGCAAGCCGAUUCAGCGGCUUUGUUCGGGUAUUUGUGGAGCAACAGCCUCUGCGACCUGCGUCUCGGAUACCCCUCCGUCUCACUUCCUUCCAUCGUCUAUCUCGUGCUGGACCGCGUCCAUUCCGAGCCCUCCGAUUUUGGCGCCUUCCUCUCGCGACUCGGGUCCCUGAAGUUUAUGGACCUGAACGAAUGCUCCCCCGCCCUGCUCGAGCCACUCGUCACUGCAAUCCUCCCCGACAACGCACUCAUCAAUCACGACGGCCUGGACUACGAUACGUGGAUGGAUUGCUUGCCGAUGCCCGAGCUCGUCGACAUCGAGUGCAGCGACGAUUGCAGCGAUGGAUGGCUUGCAGAGUUGCUGAUCGCGCGGGUGCGGGGACUCCUCCUCAAGUGCGGACGGGGAGCGGAGAUCGGUCGCGAGGACCUCUUGCGGAGCUUGGCACAGGUCUCGCAUCGCGCUUUGUGUCUGGCGUCGGGUGUUUGGAGUCCAGAACCUCGCGUGGAGGGCGACGAAGAUCCUAUUCAGUUCAUCCUACACAAUCGGCCAGGCUCCAAGGUCCACUCGGACGCAGAGUGA